UUUCCCAAGUUUAUUAAAUUAAAAAAUAAUAAGAAAAGAAAUAAAAGAAACCAAAAUCUGUGAAAAAUUAAAAAUUCUUCAAAAUGAAACCUUCAGAAUUGCUGUUACUUUUGGAAAGGGUCAAAUUCAAAGUUCCCUUGCCGCCUGGUGUAAAUAGUGCCACAUUAUUACCAAAGUUAAUACGAACCAAGGAUGUUAAACAGUUACAGGACGGCAAUUCACAACCUUCAAAGCCAAAAUUAACAAAAUGCCUAAACACUUUAGAUCUCACAUCGCUGGGCAUUGGUUCGUGUUGUGGCACUGGCAUGUAUUUAGUUGCCGGUAUGGUGGCCAAAAAUAUUGCCGGACCUGGUGUGAUAAUUAGUUUUGUUAUUGCCGCAGUAGCUAGUAUUUUUUCAGGCGCCUGUUAUGCAGAGUUUGGUGUGCGUGUACCACAUACAUCCGGUUCGGCGUAUAUGUAUUCAUAUGUUGCCGUUGGCGAAUUUGUUGCAUUUAUUAUUGGUUGGAAUAUGAUAUUGGAAUAUUUAAUAGGAACAAGUGCCUGUGCUUGUGCGUUAAGUUCAAGUUUUGAUUCACUAACCGGCGGUGCCAUAUCAGCAGCCAUAGGCGAUACCAUUGGUACCAUAUUUGGUAAACCACCUGAUUUUAUAGCCUUCGGCAUAACACUCAUAAUGACAAGUGUACUGGCAAUGGGCGCCAGCAAAUCGGUGAUAUUUAAUCAUACUUUAAAUGCCAUAAAUCUUGCAACCUGGGUGUUUGUUAUGACUGCUGGCUUAUUUUAUGUGGAUACAAAUACAUGGACUGAACAUCAAGGAUUUUUGCCAUAUGGUUGGAGUGGGGUGUUUUCCGGUGCUGCCACGUGUUUUUAUGCAUUUAUUGGCUUCGAUAUUAUAGCCACAACGGGUGAAGAAGCCCACAAUCCUCAGAAAAGUAUUCCAAAAGCAAUAGUCGGUUCACUGUUUGUUGUUCUGUUUGCCUAUGUUACAGUAAGUUUAGUUUUAACUUUGGUGGUUCCCUAUGAUCACAUCAAUGCUGGCGCUGCUUUGGUGCAAAUGUGGUCGUAUGUCAAUGCGCCCAAGUGCCGGGCCAUUGUGGCGAUUGGCGCAACGGCUGGUCUAUCGGUGGCCAUGUUUGGUUCCAUGUUUCCAAUGCCUAGAGUUAUUUAUGCCAUGGCUCAGGAUGGUUUGAUAUUCAAACAACUUUCCCAACUAUGGCAACGCACUAAUGUACCUGGUUUAGCCACAAUAGGCAGUGGUGUUGCAGCAGCCUUAGUAGCACUAUCUGUACGUCUAGAGAUUCUAGUGGAGAUGAUGUCAAUCGGUACUCUGCUCGCCUACACACUGGUCUCCACAUGUGUCCUAGUGCUGCGUUAUCAACCACACAGUACUUCCUUAAUCGAACUACUACCAGCUCAACUGCGCACACCCAUAACGGCGGGUGCCGCUAACGAUCCUCACAAAACUACAGCUGAAGUGAUGGAGACGAAUAAAUUGACGAUCAAACGUGUUACACGAGGCAUGUCCGAUUCAGACGAUUCAUUUAUCGAUGAAAGUCCCGAAGGCUAUUUGGGUCGCGAUGAUCAAUUUCUGGUAUCAGAUCGUUCGGAAAACAAAUUCUACGGUGCCGUACAUGGGGCACCAACUGGUCCAACUGGCCAAGCAACCGCCUUCGAUACGAUGGGCCUAAAUUUCAUAUCGCGAAAGAUACAUGAUUAUUCUUACCUGUGUCCGGGAUUCUUUCCCUGGAUAAAUCCCGGCCAGGCCACCACGGAAAGUGGCAUGUAUGUGACCAAACUUGUUGGCAUCAUGUUCGGUCUCAUAUUCUUCUUGGAUCUAUUUGCGGCCAUUGGCUGGUCCGGUGGUUUCGCAGCAUUCAUUUAUUUCAUUUUAUUUAUCGGCAUAUUUGUGAUAUUAUUAAUUAUCUCAAGACAACCACAAAAUAGAUAUGCGCUUGCGUUCCUUACCCCUGGACUUCCAUUUAUUCCAGCGAUUGCCAUUGCAGUCAAUAUCUAUUUAAUAUUUAAGUUAAGCAUAUUAACCUUAGUUAGAUUUACCAUAUGGAUGUCACUGGGCUUCGUUAUGUACUUUUAUUAUGGCAUCACCCACAGUACCCUCGAACAGACAACCGAUGACAUGGAACUAAGAGUCGACAAAGACUAUAGCAAAAAUGUCGAAGAGAAAGCUGUUUGGGAUCAACCUUCCUAUAUGAACCAAAAUCAUGAACCCGUAUGGGCCAGUAAAGAUAAUGCGAAAGAAAAUGCAACAAAACCUCGAUCCAAUCAUUCCUCCAAGCCACAAGAUAACAACUCCACAAAUGCACACAAUACAACAAGUGCAAGAAAUCCAGGAAUUGGUCAAACCAGUGGAAAUACGGGAACAUUUAGUAUGUUUAUUGAUGAAACACAAUUUCCAACGUGGGACGAUUAAAACAGAUGAUAAAUUUAAAUAGUUUGUAAGAUUUUAGUUUUACACCAUUUUGGAUUUGAACCCCAUAC